AUGUAUGUAUUUCUAACACCUCGAAUAUGGAGUGUGUUUUUUGUUCAGCCCGGUAACGCCGACAUUGCUGUCUCGGAUGCUGCUGCCCUCUUUUGUGAACUUGACAACAUUUUCCUUUUGUUAGCCGAGGCAACUCUUUCUCCUUCUCGGGCGGACUCGGCUCGGUGGAAGAUUCUAUCGGAUGGUCAUUACACCGUAGCAUCAUGCUAUCAUUUCUUGUGUAGUUUUUAUGUUCCUUUUGGACCGGCAAAUAGAUUUGAUUCGGCUUUCUUAGAUAUUUGGAAGCUUGAUGCUCCUUUGAAAGUGAAGGCUUUCGGAUGGAGAUGCUUUAUCAACAAACUUCCAACCAAAGAUUCUCUUUUGAAUAAAGGUAUUAUUUCUAACACCUCGAAUAUGGAGUGUGUUUUUUGUGCCGAUUAUAAUGAAUCACUUCUCCACUCUUUUCUUUCUUGCCGAAAUGCCGGUGUUGUUUGGAGAGAAAUGGCCGAGUGGAUUGGGUUACCUUUUAAAGUCGGAUUUGAUUUUAAGGAGUGGUUUAUCUAUUGGAGCUCUUUUUGUCGGUCUAAGAAAGUUAAAGUUGCGAAAGUUGGUAUCGUUUGGCUUGCUAUUUUAUGGAGCUUGUGGUUGCGUAGGAACGAUAUAGUCUUUAACCAAGAUUUUAUAGUUAAUAUACUAUAA